AUGUCAAUCCCCCGCUUCCUCCUCCCCCGAGGUCUCCCAAGCGCCCAAUCUCUACGGACCCUGCAACGGAAACAAAAAGUCUCUAUCGCCGGACGACGCUGCUUCUCCGCAACCAGCCCCGCAAACGCAAAGGCUAAAAAGCCGGCGAGCAGCAAGCCUCGCGUCCUUGAAAAGCCCGAUAAAUUCCGCCCGCCUUCUCAUCCGCAGCGCAUUGUUGCUCCUAGGCGCACGGCGGCUGGUCAGCCUGUUAACUAUGGAGCUCCGCUGACGAAGGCGGCGCGUACGGCGCAGGAUAAAAAGCAGUAUCCUAACAUGUUUCCGCCUGAAGGAACUGUUAUGUUUAAGUUUUUGACUAGUCGGUGGAUUCACGUUUGGAUUUCGUUGGGUAUUCUCACAAGUUUGGCUACAUUUACCUUCACCACAAACUUCAAGGCUUCUUCGCCAUUCGCUCACCUGCUCCCACCAUGGUCGGCGCUCUUCACUUCGCCGUUCGAUACUAUUUCCAAGGCUUUCCAGGUUUAUCGCAUGGAUGUGCAGCAUAACUCUAUGCUUGUGCGUGAGCAGCGACAGGGUCGUGUUCAGGAUGCUGAGAAGCGGAGGCAGUAUCGCGUUGCGCAUGGUAUGGAGGAGGCGGCUGAGGCUGAUAAGGCCGCCGUUGAUACCCACUCGCCUGUUGCUGUUGAUGAGGGUUUGAAGAAAGGGGAGUAUGUUGAUUGGGAGGGGAAUAGGAAGCCUGUUAAGAAGUGGUUGGGGAUUUGGUAG